AUGUACUACAAUGGCUACACGAGCGCCGUUGCCAAUCCCUCCUGCUCCUCCUCGGACUCAUUUCCGUCCGACUUGACCGGCGGCGACGUGUACUACACCGGAUUCAAUGGCGCCGCCGAUCCCUUCUGCUCCUCCUCGGACUCAUUCCCAUCCGACUUGAGCAGCGGCGAGAUGCUCUACCCCGGCUACAUGGGCGCCGGCAACAACCCAUCCUGCUCCACCUCCUCCUCCUCAUCGGACUCGUUCCCAUCCGACAUGACCAGCGGUGAGAUGGUCUACGCGGGGGCGGGGCGGGAACCGCGACGCAAACCGGCGGCGGCGUCGUUCAUCGGCGUGCGCGCGCGGCCGUGGGGCAGGUUCGCGGCGGAGAUCCGGGACUCGACGCGGGGCGGCGCGCGCGUGUGGCUGGGAACCUUUGGCACCGCCGAGGCCGCGGCCAUGGCCUACGACCAGGCGGCGCUGUCCUCGCGCGGCGCGGCCACGGCGCUCAACUUCCCCGUGGAGCGCGUCCAGGAGUCGCUCCGCGCGCUCGCGCUCGGCGGCGCAGUCGCCACCACGCCCACGGGCACGGCCGGCUCGCCCGUCCUGGCGCUCAAGCGGCGGCACUGCAAGAGGAAGAGGCGCAGCAAGGCCGAGAUGAUGACAAAGCGGUUCGUCGUGGAGCUGGAGGACCUGGGCGCUGACUACCUGGAGGAGCUCCUCAGGAUCACCGACGACCACCCGCUCCAGCUUCAAGCACCUGCAGCUGACUUUGUGCAGUAUGGUGAAUUGUACAUGUAG